GAAUUGUGCCUCGUGAGAGCCUAGUUUAUUAGGACACCCCCCUCUCAUCCUGUGAGAGGCGAAGCAUCAGUAGGCGAUAUACAUCUCUACAGUGCCCAAAAGGGUUGAGUCACAUAGUGGAGCAACCCCUGUCUUUUAGCAUUGGCCUUUGGCUUCGGAUUGGCAAUCACAUGGCUGAAUGUUGACCUGUCCAGUCCUUCCUGGAAUUCAGCUGGGUCAGACCAGAGUAUCUGCACAGCAUCGUUCUCUUUGCGUCUCAUGGUUUGGAAAGGAUGCAGAGCCGCAAGCCUGUAGCAGAGCUGGUCGCCAAAGUCCUGGCGACAAUUCUCCUAGCAACAACUGUCCGUCUUGCAUUAACCAGUGAGAGCGACGUUCCCGUCUUAUCUACAACCAUAGAGAUACCUUCAUUUGAUGGGACCCUCAGCAAUGUCUCGGCAGGGGAUGUGGGAGAGGUGUAUGUUUCCAAAGAGAGCCAUUUCUGCCAGUGGAACAGGCCAAUAGGCCCACUCUGCAUCUACAAUGAAACUGAUAAGGUCGUCAUAGUGCCUGAAGAUUUCACUCUUCCUUCAGGGGAGCACGAACUGGAGAUCAGAGGAGCCAAGAGCGUCCACGUGUAUCCCGCGUGCGUCUCUUGGAUCACUGUGGAAGGCGCUGGUCGCGUCACAACUUUCCCCUACAAGGACAUGAGCAACAUACAUCGCAAAGUCUGCAGGACGUGGCUUCGAAUCCGCAAUUCCUACGCAGACGUCAUUUCUGACGGGGUGCGCGAUCUGUCUCUAAAGAACACGAGGGUGACCAUGAUCAAGCUGAUCCAACAAAAGGAUUUUUCAGCUAAAAACUCUUUCAUCGCAUCUAUCGAGUCCUUAAACUGGGAAGGUUACCCAUGUGAGAUUCUCAACACAACCAUAAAGUUUAUUAAACAAGUGGUGGCUGGAGGUGACUGGUGGGUGAUCGACAGUCACAUUGUAUCUGUUGUGACAAACGGCAUCUUUUUCAUGGCCUCAGAGCUAGACAUUACUAACAGCUCCAUAUUCACUGUAGCACCACAUGGACUCAGAAUUAUGAGUGGUACUGCCACCUUGUCCAAUGUCAUCAUUAAACAUCUUAGUAGAUCUGCCAUCAUGGUUGAAAGUCCAGCUGCUCUUUUGUUACUCAAAAACGUGGUAAUAUUCUCAGCUGACGAACACUGCAUAGUUGUGCCAGACAGAGAGAGGAUCUCCAUUAAAAAUGUUAUCGUCGAAGGAGUUCCUAUGAAUCUAUCGUCACCAUAUCUAAAGUUUGAGGAUGACCUGAUUGUGCCUGCAAAUGUCUCCAAGGUCCAGCUGAAAGACAAAGUAUUGGCCUGUACCUAUACAUCUUCGUCCUGCAUCUGUGACUUCAGCAACUCUAAAGAGAUUGCAGUCCUCGACUUUGCAAACAUGAAACAGUUCCACGAUAUUCAAAUCAAGAAUGCAAAAGCCUUGCAAAUCAUGUCAGUGGGCUGCGGAGUGAGAUUAGAGUUGACCUCUGUCAAUGGAACCUUUCCGCACCAUACCAGCGAACUGGACCACGUGAUGGCUAACUCUUCCUCAGAUGGACACACCAAAAACUCAGAGCCCUGCACUAUGUCAGUUUCCUCAGUGAGCUCCCAGCUGGGAGUUAUUUACGGCAAUUAUUUUUCCAACUUAACUGUUAACAACAGUACAGUGAAGAGGCUGCAUGAUGGUUCCCUACCUGUCUUCAAUACACAUAACAUAACAGUUAAUACUAUGGACAGUAUAGUUGUUACUGGUAAUGGGAGCUCAUGGACAAGAAUGAAGGUGGGAAUCAUGCUCAAUACAACACUGAUGGCGCCUGUCAAAGCUGUAGAUUGCCGCAUCAAUUCCAAACUUCGAAAGGGUGCUCUGAUCGUUGACCACGAUAACGCAACCUCAGAAUUCUCCAAGUUGUGGGUCUCCAUAGUCCAAAAAGAGGGAAUAAUCAUCAAGAAAGGCAAACUUGUUCUCAAAGACUUCAGGUUUUCAGAACUCCUGGAAGGAGCUAUUUACGUGGAAGAAGGGGCCUCCAUUGAAAUAGACACUAUAACGGGGAUGCCCGACUAUGCGUCUAUAUCAGUUGCCACAAGGAAUCAGGUGGUGCUGAAAGGAAUAUCCAACUGGUAUGCCGAGAGAAUGAUCCAAAGACGCCACUUCCCUCCUCCCCCUGACAUGGGAUCCAACCUCACCAUAAACAACGCGCACGAGUCGCCUUUCUGCAGGAAGUUCAACAUCUCUUUCUCUUACAGGGAGUGUGACUUCUCCUCUGUGAAAAAUGCAUCAGUGGUUGUCGAUCUGGAAAACGUUGACCAGGCCUACCAAACGCUGGAGAUCAGAAAUGCUUCUUUCGUCAAGCUUUACCCAUCGUGUGUGAGGAAGCUUUAUUUGGUAGAUGUUGCCGAAGCAACCACUGUCAGUAACUUCAAAGACUGUGAAACAUGGCUUGUAGCAGACGGCGUUCACUUCAGGAACAUUGUGUUUGGAGUGCACGACGUGACGCUCACUUCUUGCCGAGUGGACAUAUUUGCACCACUCAGGCUACUGAAAGACUUAGACCUUGAAAACACUUACAUCGAACGCCUUGUUUCUGCUCACUGGACAGGCUACAUGGGAGUCUUCAAUAACAGCUACUUUGGCAAAGUGCAGGGUCUGGUGGCUUCUUCUUUCAUUUUUGUUCUGAACACUACAGUGUCAGAGAUUCUCCCUCAUGGUGUUAUGGUAUUGGCCGAUGGACUGAUCGUCAACUCGACUAUUCAUUCAGUAGCCAUGAAAGGUAUCAUAGUAAGAGGGGGAUUACGUAUUGCAAAUGUUACCAUUGGCAGUCUAGCCAAAGAAGCCAUCACUGUACAAGAUGGCGUUCUUGUUCUCUCAAACGUUACCAUUGGAAGCUCAGAGGAAGAGAGUAUCUUAGCAACUAUGAAUGGAGCAGUUGCUAUGCAAAAUGUCACAGUGGGAGGAAAGAAGGUACAUUGGCGAGGUUAUAUUGCAGACAGUUUACUUCCAAAUGGUGCCUCCUUAGUCUUUAUGAAUAGAUAUGUCGACUGGGACAAAAGGAAGAACGACUCCUCAUCGACUACACAACAAACUACUGGAAUGACCUCUCAGUCAACCACCAUGACCGAACCACAACCUGUUACGGAGAGCAAUCGAGAGGCCCCUCUGGGACACUCUGAAGUUAAGGACUCCAGACAACUCUAUUUAUCUUCUUCCCCUUGGAAAUGGGUUGGAGUUAGCUUGAGUGUCUUUUUGGUGAUACUUCUUGGGUGCUGUAUAAUUCUUGCAGUCACAUUAGUAAAAACGAAUAAUGGAAGGAUGCUGCCUGUUGUUUUUUGGAGAGUGAUGGAUGACCAGAACGGGCUGGUGGCAGAGGACCAGCCAUCUCCCAAUUUCAAUAGAGCCACUAGGAAUUCUGGAUACCAACCAAUGGCUGCACCUUCCUAUGACAUGUAGAUAGUGCUAUCCUCUUCGGGACAUUCCCUAAUAAUUCCCGAGUACAAUGAAAAAUUUCUGUGCAUAAAGAAAGGGGAAAAGGAUAUUGCAGUAUAACAAGCGGAGAGACCUGAUUAACUGAUAUGGAGAAUGGCCAGUUUCUUCUAAGUCAGUGGUCAAAGCUUCAAUUGGUUCUACACUACAACUCCCUUUGAUAGUGUUAAAGCUUUAUUAUUUAUUUCAAAUUCACUGCUCAAUGUAACCAUGGUUAAAGAAAGCUCCAAAUCUCAGACCAAAGAAAAAAAUUACCUUGUUUUUGUUUUAACAGGUGAAAGUUAAAUUAUACAAGAAAGCAGUUUAGACCACAUAUUCUGUAAUUUAUAAAACUCGUUUGUUGCACUAAGUAGCACCUUCAGUGAGUGAUGACCUACAAGGCUGACACAGACUCACUCAAUGCAACGACUGUAGAUUCACGCAUGAAAGAACCCAAGUUGACAGAUGUAUGAUGUAGUUUUGAGUAAUUCUAAUGCUAAGGUAAAGGAAGUCAAAACCCUUGAUUGUUUCAUAAACUAUUCUCUCAGUAUUACAGUUCAACGAUAUUCUGAUGUUUCUACUUAUUUCGUUUGUAUGUGUCUAAUUUGGAAAUUAUUUAAAAUUAAACCUCUGCUACCA